AUGGAUGAUUUUUUACUAAGAACAUUACCUCUAUUUUAUUGUGUUUUAUGUCAAGCACCCCAACCUGAUCCCUGUGUUUUCUGUCCAAAUCCGGUACCAUUUCUUGGUGGAGUAGCUGAACCUCCUCUACCACCAAAGAUUUGUAAAUAA